AUGAAGAUUGCUCGUAAAAUUCGAGUUUCGACUGCAGUCCGUGAGAUUAUUGCAAAUGAUGCAAAGAUGGACCGCAUUUCGGAAAAGGCGUUAUCUGCAACCCGUUGGUACUCCUUUGGCAUCACUGUAAGGCAGAUCCGCGGUCUGGAAACUGCUACUAGUUUGAUCGUACCGGAUGAGUUUAUGCGUCCGGUCCAUCAUCUCCAAGCCUUGAUCGAGACCGACGUUGUGUCCUCCGGUCAGAUCCAUGCUUCGUGA